AGGCUUCCAUAGUUCUAUGGUAUAUCAGGUCGUCGAUUAUCUUCAGUCCGGGAGCAGUAUAAGACACUGGUACCAGUACACCUGAGCGCCUCCUAUCGACAUGGAGCAAUCACUCUCUGUCAACAUUACAAAUGUUAGCUAUUCUGUUGUUUUCAACUUCGAAAAGCAGUUCAGUGUGAAGAGCUUUAACGAGUAUGUUCAGGAGAAGUGGACCAACAGUUUUGUGUACUCAGUGCUGUACCUGAUCGUAAUUUUCGGCGGAAGACAUUCCAUGAGCGCCCGGCCACGGUAUGAGCUCCGCCCAGCUCUUGCCAUCUGGAGUGGUACUUUGGCCUUAUUUAGUAUAGCUGGAACUGUAAGAACACUUCCAGAAGCUAUUGCGGCUAUCCGAAAUCACAGCUUACAAUAUUCCGUCUGCGUUCCUGGCUUCUUUUUCCAUGACGUCACGAAAUUUUGGGCUUCCGCCUUCACAUUAUCGAAGGUUAUCGAGCUGGGAGAUACAAUAUUCAUCGUCUUACGAAAACAGCAGUUGAUAUUCUUGCACUGGUAUCAUCACAUCACAGUACUGAUCUACUCGUGGUACAGCUAUAAGGAUUACAUCGCGCCAGGCCGCUGGUUUAUGGUGAUGAACUUUGUUAUCCACUCUUUCAUGUAUUCGUAUUAUACCCUUCGAGCGCUCAAGUUCAAUGUCCCAUCUUACGUGAACAUCUUCAUCACUGCAAUGCAACUGACGCAAAUGGUUUGUGGAUGUGCUAUAAAUGUUUGGAUUUUCCAAAUCAAGGGUCGUGGGGAAACUUGUCAUCAGACUUAUAAUAAUAUUUACCUUUCUUUAUUAAUGUACUUUAGCUAUUUUGUUCUCUUCGCACAUUUCUUCUAUUCCACUUACGUUCUGAAAAAGGGCCGCGGGAAAGUAAAAAAGAGCAUGUAAUUCUGAAAAGAAAGAGUAGGCCUUCCAGCCAUUUACAAAAGUGCAUUUUCUGGAAUAACUGGGCAAUGUUGUAUAUAGUGGAGACCUAUAAACCCAAUAUGCCGUAUUUAUGACAUAUAUGUGCUGAAAUGAACUCAUCUUUUUAUCAACGUUUUUCACCAGCCUAUGUGAAUAAUUCAACAGUGUCCAGGCAAAUGUACUUGGAUUCCGGAAUCCCGUGCAAGUACCGACGCGUUUUAUGUACUUGGAUUCAGGAAUCCCGCGCAAGUACCAACUCGUUUUAGCACCAUAUGUGACAUUAUUUUCGUUUCAUAAGCUAUUAACUGGAGGCAAUGGAGUAAGAACGCUGUCCUGAUGAGUUUAUAACAUAUCCUGCGUGCUCAGCAAUAUUUAUUUAUUUAUGUUUUUCUUUGUUGUUUAACACCAUGCUCAGUAUUUUUUUCACCUGUAGGUAUAUAUAUUCAGAUGACUACACAAUUCUUAUCUAUAGCUGAAAUUGGGCCUUUAUAGUGUUAAGUCCAAACGUUUAUAAGAAUUAGCCAGCCGUUUGCGUAUUUAAAACGUUACUGUUAUAGUAAAAAUCUGCUCAGUGAAACUAUAAGGCAGAUAGAAUGAGAUGAGUUCAUUUAAUACACAAGCUUCCUGGUCUACGUAAAUCAAUACAGGUAUACAUUCCGCAUUUAUUCUCCUAUAUAUCGGGUGGGCAAAAAAAAUGGGCCGUACUUUGACACUCAAUAUCUCCGAAACCUUCUUACGUGAGCUUCUCAAAAUGUACACACUCAAAAGCCAUUAUGCCCUAAGUAUACAGACCAAAUUUCAUUUUCAUCCUUUUAGAUUUCUGUUCAUGGACGAAAAUCAAAAUAGAGUCAAAAACGCAUGUUCCGGAUAUUUCAAAAUGAUGUUCUACCUUGUUUUACUUGAAAAGGAGAUCAAUUCCUUGUCCGCCGCAGAGAAAACCAUGUUCAUUCAGCAAAACUUGUGCCUGUCUGGCAGAAGGGUUUCUCUGACACUAGGGACAGACAAUUUUUCCAGACACUUGAUAGACGCGUGUCACACAGGUGCAGCGCGCGCUCUACUCAUCACACCUGGCAGAUGAUGCAAUGUGGGUCACCGGAACGUGCGUUUUUGAGGCUACGUUUUCAUUUUAACCCUGUGUACAGAAACUUGGUCUGUAUAUUAUCAAAAUCAUGACAACUGAAUGUGUAAAGUUUGAAAGGGUUUGGACAAACGAUAAUGGAGCAAUGCAGCGUCAAAGUACGGCCCAAUUUCUUAUGCCCACCCAAUAUAUAAACUUUAUUUCAAGAUUAACAGGCGGGAUUUCUCCACCACAGACCGUUCAAAUCUAUUAUUUCUGUGCUCUUAUGAAAAGACCCCAGGUUUGUCCAAUACGAGCAAAAAAAUAGAUGUAAUCCAUAUUAGAUAAUAAACUUUCUGAACGACUGAUUUGCAUGUAAGUUGACGUUCUGAUCACGAAUGUGGUGGGUUUUUUCCCCUGCAAGAUGUACUUAUGUCGCAAACGGCCUUCAAAAAUCGAAAAUAUGCAAUUUUCCUGCAUAUUUGUAGAUC